UCAGCUGAUCCUCCUGGCUGUUGUUGAUGCCUGAAGUUGCUGUUGUUUGGACACUGUGUUGCUCUUUAUCUGCUCCUGACAUUGAAGACACAUUAAACCCGAGCAAGGGACACGGUGGGCAUUUACCAACCGAGGAGCUUUUGAGUUACAAGGGAAACGUCUCACCGCGAGGACUUUGUAUUCGCGCUCGAGCGGCACAAGAGCUAGCUCCAAAAAAAAAAAAAAAAAAAAGCUUGAACCUUCGCUGAAAGGAAGAAAGAAAAACAGCAACGACAGCCGACGGCUUGGCGAGCUUUCUUUGUUUAUGUCGUGCCAGUCUGGACCGCGGUGUUCUUGAAUUUAGAUUUGUUUUUUUCUGCACACGCGUUAUUUUAUAUUUAUACUUUGUUACCGUCGCGCAGAGGGCAGUUAGCUCGUCAGCUAACGUUAGCAACAUAGCGCAAAGAAGCAGUGUUGUUGUCAAGGUUUGAUGCUUUCGUAACCGCACGGCAGUGACAGAUAACGAUAGCUAACAGUGAGAACAGUCCGGUCCGGAGAAAUUGUUUUCGUGCCUCUAUUUUGUCAGGUGUUUAUCACUGGAUCAGGUACUCUCUGCUGGAGAUAGCACAGUAACCGUUCGUGUUAAAUUGGAGACGUGUGUGUCUGUUGAACACGUCUGACUUAUCUUGUUUGUUUAUCUUGACUUCUAAUCGAGUACAAUUUUUGUUGUAAUCGAUUUUGAAACACACAAACAAGCAAUAGGUUACCUGACAGCUGGCCUUGUACGUUUUUGGUUGGCUGGCAGAUUGCGUAACGUUAUUUUGUUUGUGUGCAAGCUGUCAGUAACUUGUUAAACACUAAUUUAAAACAUAUGUGUCUCUGUAAGCCUUAGGUGUUCAGCCUUAGGUGGCUCUGUUGAUGUCAUUUUUGAGUAUUUAACACAUUUUUUUAUUACUUAUGACAUGCGAGAAAGUGGCCACGUUUUACUGUAACCCAUACGUCAAGUAGCUGUUUGAUGCCCACGUGAAUUUGGUGGCUUUUUAUUCAAAAAAGUAGAGUUAUGAAUUAAAAGUAGCUAGCUGAAACUGUAGUGAGACUGUGCUGCGAUCAGGGAAAGACAGGCGAAGAGAAAGGGUCCCUCAGAGGGUCCCAUUGUGUUUUGAGGUGAGCUGCCCCCCACUACUUGCCAAUGCUGGAUCUGGAGGUGGUGCCUGAGAGAUCACUAGGAAAUGAGCAAUGGGAAUUCGCCUUAGGGAUGCCAUUGGCCCAGGCCAUCUCUAUUCUGCAGAAACACUGCCGCAUCAUCAAAAAUGUCCAGGUGCUAUACAGUGAACAGACGCCACUCAGCCAUGACCUCAUACUGAACUUGACUCAGGAUGGGAUUAAACUGCUGUUUGAUGCCACAAAUCAGAGACUCAAGGUGAUUGAAGUGUAUGACCUGAGCAAAGUCAAGUUGAAAUACUGUGGAGUCCAUUUCAACUCUCAGGCCAUUGCCCCCACAAUAGAGCAGAUAGAUCAGUCAUUUGGAGCUACGCAUCCUGGAGUUUACAAUGCUGCAGAGCAAUUGUUCCAUCUCAACUUUCGAGGCCUGUCCUUCUCCUUUCAACUGGACUCAUGGAAUGAAGCCCCAAAAUAUGAGCCUAACUUUGCCAUGGGUUUGGCCUCCCUGCAGAUUCCACAUGGGGCCAUGGUCAAGAGGAUGCACAUCUACACCGGCAACAACCUGCAAGAAACAAGAGCUCCGGUGAUGCCGCUGGCUUGUUUCCUUGGUAACAUCUUUGCAGAGUGUGUGGACGUCCUGAGAGAUCAGGCAGGGCCUCUGGGACUCAAACUCCGUCUUCUCACUGCAGGUUGUGGUCCAGGAGUGAUGACUGAUGCUAAAGUGAAGUCCCUAGAAAGGAGCAUCUACUUUGGAGAUUCCUGUCAGGAUGUACUGGGUGCUCUGGGCUCACCGCAUAAAGUCUUCUACAAGUCAGAGGACAAGAUGAAGAUCCACUCUCCAUCGCCUCACAAGCAGGUUCCUUCAAAAUGUAACGACUACUUCUUUAACUACUUCACCCUCGGAGUGGAUAUCCUGUUUGACUCUACAACCCACCUGGUUAAGAAAUUUGUCCUCCAUACCAACUACCCUGGACAUUACAACUUCAAUAUAUAUCAUCGAUGUGACUUUAAGAUCCCACUAGUCAUAAAGAAAGAAGGCGCUGAUUCUCAGACAGAGGACUGCAUCUUAACAACCUACAGCAAGUGGGAUCAGAUUCAGGAACUGCUCGGUCAUCCGAUGGAGAAACCUGUAGUCCUCCACAGGUCCUCAUCAGCCAAUAACACCAACCCCUUCGGCUCUACCUUCUGCUUUGGACUGCAGAGGAUGAUCUUUGAGGUGAUGCAGAAUAACCACAUAGCAUCAGUGACCCUCUACGGUGCUCCACGCACGGCUAGUCAAGCUCGACCUGAGUCCAGUAGUAGUUCCCACUGAACAAGUAACCAGAACCACAUCUCAUUCUGGCCUGUCCUGAAUCUAGUACCUCUGCAGACUGAACCUCUAACCCAGAGCCAGAUUCUUAACCAAGCAGACCUAAUCCGCAACGACAAAGUCAUUCAUACCCUGCUCAGAUGCCAGUCAUUGAUCAGAAACACAACCAGAACCCGAUAAAACCGAGUCAGACCUGGCGUUUAUCAGCGUCUCCUGGUGGGUCCUAAGACUUACUCUUCUAAUCAGACACACCCAGUCAGCACAGUCAACCCAACCCGGACUAUCCCAGGACCCAGGAUCUACUGACUCGCAGUGCUGGACCACUGAUGCUUUGAAAUGAAUCGAAUGAAAUGGUUGUGUGAAAAUAUCGCAGUGGUGCUGCAAACUGACGUGGUGAAGAGAUCUGAGCUCAAGAAGAGCUCAACUGUUUCCAUCUAAGAAGUGGAAGAAGUGUUUGGCACGGUUCCACCUGCCCGUUAAUGACAAUAACCCCUCCAUAACAUUGUGGUGAGAUAAUCAGCAUUUAAAAAUCAUCUGCAGCAAAUCUCAAUGUAAAUUGCUGUGGCCAAAGUCUUGAAACAAACUUUUGCCUGACCCACUGAAUAUGCGUUAACCAACCGCACUGCCAGCCCAACCGGUACCGCCUGUCUUCCUGCCACUGCAUCGGAACCAGGCCCGGCUGGCUCCAUUACACCCUGGACACAUCUAAACCGCAAGAACCAAACCCGCCCAGCACAAGUGAGAGCCGUCAGAGCCAAACACACUGGAAGCCGCAGAGGACUGAAACCAAACACGGGAAAAAAAAAACAAAACAAAGCACGAGAAUCCAGAUUUUGUCAUACAAGAGAAGAACCAAACACACUCAGGGUUUGGGGAGAAACGUGGCCCAGAACACACCCACAGCGGCCGGGUGACCAGAUGUGAAGCCUCUCAAAGCAGAACGAUCCAAACAUCAUCUCCCUCGUAUACCUUUCCCACCUUCUUACUCUUUCUCCAAUUUUCUUCGGUGGUGCCGACACACACACACACACACACACACACACACACACACUCACACUCACACUCACACUCACACCCACACUCACACA